AUGAAAAUCUCAUUAAUAUUGAAUGUUUCCAUUUCUGGAAUAAUACUGUUACUUUCAUUAAUUGAAAUAAUCCUAAUUAAUACUAUAACCGCAUCACAUGCUCAUUAUUAUAAUUUCAAAGUGUUACGAAUGAGAAUUUCAAAUCCUCAAAUUAUAAAUACAAUUAUUAAUCUAAAUCUUAACAAACCGGAGAGCUAUGAUAUAUGGACGUUUCCUAGAGAUACAAAUAACUCAAUGUACAUAUCAGUAUCUCCUGUAGGAUUUCAAAAUCUUACAAACUACUUACAUCAUUGGAAUAUUUCUUAUGAAAUAAUUGUUAGCAACUUACAAAGAGCAAUACUUGAUGAAAAGCGUGACAAUCAUUUAAGAAGAGUAUCCAGUUAUUUAAGAACAGGACGUAAUAGACCGUAUUACAAAUCAUUUAAUGAGAUCGUUCAGUAUUUAGACCAGUUAAGUCAAACGCGUCCAUAUAUGACGGUGGAAGACUUUGGUUAUACAGCUGAAGGUCGACCAAUGAAGGGAGUUACGAUAUCAUCAGAUUCGACAAGACCAAUAAUCUGGAUUGAUGCCGGUAUUCAUGCAAGAGAAUGGAUUGCACCAGCAACAGCAUUAAGUAUAAUAAAUAAGCUUAUGCGACCAUCGGGGCAAACACUUUUAAAACAUUUUCAAUUCUUCAUAGUUCCCGUGGUGAACCCAGAUGGAUAUGAAUAUACAAGAACAAAGUAUCGUCUAUGGCGUAAAAAUCGAGCUCGAGCAGAAGGUGAAGCAUGCAUUGGAAUAGACUUAAAUAGGAAUUUUCCAUUUAAAUGGGGUGUUGGAAAUGGGGCGUCACCCCAUUCAUGCAGUGAUACAUAUCGUGGGAUUGAAGCAGCCUCAGAAUUGGAAACACAAAGUAUCAUUAAAAAGUUAAAAUCUUUACAGAAACAAAUAAUUUUAUACUUGAGUUUACAUUCGUUUGGUCAGUAUAUACUAACACCAUUCGGAUUUUCCCGUUACAGUUAUCCGCCUUAUUACCAAAAAUUAAUGUCAAUGGGCAACAAAGUAAAGCAAAUGAUACAAAAUCGACAUGGUUAUGUUUAUCAAGUUGGUUCAUCAUCUGAACUUUUAUAUGAAGCAGCUGGAGCAACAGACGAUUAUGUAGCUGGUGAACUAAAAAUCCCAUAUGCCUAUACAAUAGAAUUAUGUGAUGAAGGUCGUUAUGGAUUUCUUCUGCCACCAUCAUAUAUUGGACAAGUUGGAAGACAAUUAUGGACAGCGUUAAGUGUACUCGCAAACGAUAUUAUUCCUAAUUAAAAUUAUAGUUUAUCUUAUAAAUCUAGUUAAUGGAUAAAUAAAUUAGUCUAGUUUAAUAAAUUGUAUUUAUUUCAUAGUUAUUGUAAUAUUACUUUCUGCUAUAAUAAAUUUAUCAUUAUAUCUUA